GCCCUUUUCCUGUUCGUGGCAUCUUGCGCUGCGCAGCGUUAGCGACACCACCGGGAGCUGUGCGCAUAUUUUCUAUUCGUGUAAGGAGCACCGGAGGCGGAGGUUUCUGAGCAGAUCGACAGGCAGUGCGGGCUUCUCCGCCUAAUAUGAAAGCGUUUUUAUCCUGAUGCACCGAUGCGGGAGGAACUGCGACUCAUGGGGUGCUGAUUUACGUUUUGCAUUUUUACAAACGCGGAUGUGUUUUUGCACGAUCCGAGAGGCCUCGCUUAAACGGCAUCUUUCUGCAGCUCUAAUUAUUUUUUAUUUUUUUUAAAUAACUGCAGCAGGCUGAGAGACGAGCUUUCAGUCCCCGCUGAGUGUUACAUAACCGAGUGGCUUUAGCUGUCCAAGGUGCUGAACUGAGCGGUCGAACCUCAAAACCGGGGGACGAGCUGUGGGGAAUACACAACCUUGUAAGGUCAAAGGCCUGGAAAGCACUGGAUCCCACCUCGGAGAACAGAAGUGGAAAAUUGGUGAAGAUUGGUUAUAUUGCUCGCAAUUUUUUUUUUUUUCACCCCACGCCAUCCCUCGGGGAGAAAUUAGUUUCUGCGGUGGUUGAUUGAGCGAAGAGGGAAAAUGUCGGGGCAGACGCUCACGGAUCGCAUUGCCGCUGCGCAGUACCAGCUAACGGGAUCGGAUAUGGCCCGGGCUGUCUGCAAAGCCACCACUCACGAAGUGAUGGCGCCCAAGAAGAAGCACCUGGAAUACCUGGUGUCAGCCACCAACACCACCAAUGUAAACAUCCCUCAGAUGGCUGACACGCUGUUUGAGCGAUCCACCAAUGCCAGCUGGGUGGUCGUCUUCAAGGCUCUCGUCACCACUCAUCACAUAUGCGUCCAUGGCAACGAGAGGUUCAUUCAGUAUUUGGCUUCCAGGACCUCCUUGUUCAACCUCAGUAAUUUCAUUGACAAAACUGGCUCUCAUGGCUAUGACAUGUCUACAUUCAUCAGGCGGUAUGCACGAUAUCUGAAUGAGAAAGCCUUCGCCUACCGCCAAAUGGCUUUUGACUUCACCAGGGUGAAGAAAGGUGCCGAGGGAGUGAUGAGAACCAUGACCACCGAGAAGCUGCUGAAAGGCAUGCCUGUUCUGCAGACUCAGAUCGACACACUCAUGGAGUUUGACGUUCAUCCGAAGGAGCUGAACAACGGGAUCAUCAAUGCUGCUUUCAUGCUUCUCUUCAAAGAUCUGGUGAAGCUGUUUGCAUCCUAUAACGACGGAAUCAUCAACUUGUUAGAAAAGUUCUUCAAGAUGAAAAAAAGUGAUUGUAAGGAGGCCUUGGAGAUUUAUAAGAGGUUCCUGACCAGGGUGACGAAAAUUGGGGAGUUCAUGAAGUUGGCUGAGACAGUCGGAGUGGACAAAAACGACAUUCCUGACAUCAACUAUGCUCCCAGCAGUAUCCUGGAGUCUCUGGAAACACACAUGAACGGUCUGGAGGACGUAAAAGGUGGAAAGAAAGGUGAAGGGUCUCCAACAAAGGGGUCUCCAACAAACAACGUGUCUCCAACAUCGACUCCAGCCAAAUCUUCAAACGCCGUUCCCACGCUGCAGCCGCCCCCCGGGGACGGAGCUGCCGCCGCCGCCGCUGCUCCUGAGCCAGCUGAAGAUUCUUUGUUGGACUUGGAUCCUCUGGCCUCCACUGGUCCCACAGCGCCAUCAGCUGCACCAACAUCUUGGGGAGAUCUGCUUGGAUCAGAAAUGGGCGAUUCCUUGCUAUCUGAACCCCCACUCGCCGCAGAGGCCGCCCCCUCCCCUGCAGCAGCAGCGCCCACUCCUGCAGCGGCAGAACCUGGCGUCUCUCUAGCUCCUCCCACUAGCACAGCAGCCGCCACUUCCCCUGGUGCCGCCAAUAUGGAUCUGUUGGGAGACGCCUUUGCUACACCUGCUGCUUCCUCUGAGGCCCCUGCUGCAGCAGCAGAGGGUGGGGCUGCUGCUUCGUCCACCCCAGCCACCAACUCUGGAGCUGACCCUUUUGCUCCGUCGGAUGGCAAAACCAACACUGCAUCUUCAGGUCUAGAUCUUUUUGGGAUGAUGACAGUGGAGAACAAUAGCUCACUGGACGUCUGUUUUAGCUCUAUGGAGACUCAGGCCUCCCCUUCCCCAUCCCCUUCACCGCUCUUCACCUCCACAUCCACCACCAUCACCACCACUGCAACCAUUUCAGGCUCCGGCGUCAACAGCGCAGCGACGGACCUUUUCGGUGAUAUGUUUGACUCCAUGCCAGACUCGAGCUUCUCCAAAACGGACCCCUUACCCAGCACUGACUUGUUUUCAGCAGCCGAUUUGUUCAGCUCCUCUGCACCCAUCCUCUCCUCUGCACCACCACCCAAAAUUGACACAGGAGGCAUCAUGAGCUUGUUUGGUGAGCCUACAGGAGGGGAUGCCCCAGCUGCUGCUGCUGCUGCUGCACCAGCUGCUGCUGCUGCUGCACCUGCUGCGGCUCCAGGUUCUGAGCUCAUGUCAGUAUUUGAUGGGCUAGGCGACAUAAUGAAGCCCACUGUGACCCCUCAAGCGGGUGACGUUGACACCUCCAUGGCUAACAUGGCAAGUAACCUCACAAUGGGAACUGCAGCGGCUCCUCAGGUAGCUCCCCCAAGUUGGGGUGCACCCAUGGCACCAGUUGCUGGAGCACCAAUGAUGCCCAUGGCCAGGCCAGGCUUCCCUGCUGCAGGAGUGACCCCGGGGGCACCGAUGUCUCCUGGAAUGACCCAAAGCCCCAGAAAGCCCCCACCACCCAGGAAUGCUCUGGAUGACCUGAAUAUCAAGGACUUCAUGUAGACUGCCUGACCCAUUAACCCCAAGGUUUGUCAUUGUGUCUGGAGAUCUGUGGAUAUGGAUGUCUGCAACCCCCUCGCCCCUCCAGUCCCUUCUUCAGCCAGCCAGCCAGCCAUCAUCUCUUUGGUCUUUUCCCCUCUAACCCCCCACCAGCCUUGACUCUUGUAACAAACUCUCCCUUCCUAUCUAAUGUUGUAGCACAACUGUGAAUAUGAACCCUAGAUACAGAAAACCAGAGUUAUGUUUCAAUGUGUGUGAGUGUGUGUGUGUAUUUCAGUGUUAACCUUUACUUAAUAUACUAUGGAAAAAUAAAUGACCAAAAAAAAAAAAAAAGUCAAUAAAUGUGUAUUUAGAAUCAUUCAGCAUAUCAGCUGACUUGGAAUGGUGGAAAUAUGUUGGUUUCUUUUUGCAUCAACCAGACAAGGACUGUGUUUAAAGUUAAAUGUGGACUGUGUUCAGUGUAGCUUCACUCGCCAACCCCUAAGUCACUCUCCUCUGCCCCUGAUGUCCAAACCAGUACUGAGCGAUGUUUUAUGUCAUUAUUAACUUGCUUGUACCCAUAUUAGCUUGGGAUUCAUCCUCCCACCUGUCAACCUCACAACACAAAAGCACCAUAACUGAACUUGCACUGUUCAUCCGGACUUAUAAUUGAGCACAUCUGCUUUCUGUUUUACAUUCAGUUUCAUUCGUUUUGACAUUGUGUGAAACAUGCAAAAAAAAAUAAAUAAAAAUUGUGAACUGUUCAAAUUGACAUAUGCAUUUUAGACUACUUUAAAUGACAGAAUUUACAUAUUUUCAGUAAUCUAUUGUUAAAAAAGUAUAAAUAUAUUUAUUUUUAGUUACUUUAAAUUAAAGAAAAAGAGCAAGUUCGCAUACAUUUCCGCAUUUUCUUUGUUCUUACUUCUCUGUCAAAAAGAGAUGGUAUUGAAUGGAGUGUGUUCUGUGGCGCCCCUUGCUGGUGUGAAGUGAUACUGCAUUAAAGCAUGCAACAGGCCAAUCUGGGAUGCAUUUUAAUAAUCUCAGUGAGCUUCUUUUUUUUUUUUUGUCUUGGUCUUAACACAAGUA